AUGCGUCUGGUUGCUGCGAUGCUGACCACUGCACUAAGCAUCAGUGCCGCUCUAUCGACACCACCGCUUCAGUACAUUGACCUACCGUUGCUAAAUGUCAACAGUGAGCUGAAGGGAGGUGUCAGUCCGGAGCUACCAUAUGAACCAUUAGUUCUUCAAGAGGCACUGGACUUGGCUCGGGCUGCCCAGCUUCCGCCGACUAGAUACAAAGCGCUGCUAUGGCAGUAUUGGAUCGUGAAUGCCACGCUGGACGCAAACAUCUCUCUGCAAGACUGGGACCCCUGGCGCACAGCAAAGCAGAACAAGGACGUCGUCUUUGCUGUCUAUAAUUACUACACCAAGCUCUAUCUGGGACAUCCGGAGCAGCUGCGCUGGUUGGCGUUUGCCAACAUGGCCGGUUCCGCAUUUGCCGCGGGCAUACUUGAUCUCGGCGGUCUGCCCGGAGGCGGGUGGUUUGCAUCCAUGCUUAUGGCCAUGCAGAAACACAUAUUCAUGGGCAUUGCCACCAUGCAGGUGGCAUACAUCAAUGGCGGCCUGGCGGCAGUGGAGGAGAUGCGAGAUGCUGGACUAAUUGACCGCGAGACGGCAGCGGCAUGGGCCAACCCAUCUGCCGCGGUGAUGCAAAUCUGCUAUCGCGAGCAGAAUCUGGUUAUACCGGAGCAAUGGAACCGCCUACGCGACCAUGCGCCGCCUUUGGGUAGAUUCAUCACUUACGGCAUGACUAUUGCUGGCCCAAUGCCGGUGCCUGGCGCAAAGACACCGGCCCAGUACAAGAAGCUGCUGUGUGGACCGCUGCCUGCAUUCAACAUUGCAGAUCAGAAAGCACGCUGGGAUUUUCUGGCCCAUGACACGGUGCCGGCGUACCUGCGCCUUGACCCGUCAACGGUAAAAAGCAUCGUGAGCGAGUCGUUCAGUGAACGGGUCAACAAGUAUCGAACCACGCACCGCUUGGGCGACAUUGUGCGCGCGCAGAUCAAAGCUACAGGGUGCCAUACUUGA